AGAAAUAAAUCGGAUUGUCGUAAAAUUUGAAACCGAAAGGUCAAAGUUCAAAGUUUCAAAACAUGGCAUACAGGAGGAAAGUCAUUCAACUCUACAAAGACUUAUUGCGAGAAAGUAAAAAGUUUAAAUCAUACAACUACAGGGAAUAUGCUGUAAGAAGAACAAGAGAUGCCUUCAAAGAACACAAAAAUGAAGAUGAUCCUAAGAAAAUAUCCUCUUUAUUGAAAUCUGCUGAGGAAAACUUGGACAUCAUAAGACGACAGGUUUUAAUUGGAGAAAUGUACAGUGAUGGAAGCCUAAUUAUAGAAUCCCAAGCAAAGCACACCACCUGACAAUGAACACAAAGAGGACACGCCCUCCUACAGUACUCAGAUCUGUGCUAUAAAUGUUUUAUUGAAAUUGAUUAUCCAGAUGUGAAUGUGUGACAUGGAAAUUAUGUAACAUCAGAUUCACCCUGUGUUUGUUUUGGUGCCACUUAUUAUUUCCAUUGUUUUUGUAAAAGGUUCUUAACCUGUCUUUAUUAAAUGAAGCAUUUUGUCAUAAAAUUUUAUGCAGAUAGAUCUGAGAACAUGCAUGGUACAUACAGUAUUGAUGUGAUACAGAAAUCCUUAUCUUCAGGAAAUCUGUUACUUUUUAUAGAUAAUGCCCCCAGUACUGUAAACCAACUUUUAUUUCCAUGUGAAAAAUAUCCGCAAAUUUCACAACCUUUUAUAUACUUGUUUAUAUACUUCAUCAACUUUUAUCUGUUGAUUGAUAUUUGUGUAGAAAUUUUUCUUGUUGCAAUAGUAAUUCUCUUGGAAUAGAUUUCAAAGUGACAAGUCAUGGAUAAAGAUUUAUAUCUUAAUUAAUAAAUUAAUUGGUUUACAACUUUACAGUUUAUUUCAUACCAUUAUAACAGAUGUAAGGGGUAUUUAGCCUUUUUUUAUAAAAUUCACAAUAGUAAAACCUUUGUUCUUUCAGGAUAUUUAUAAUUUGUCUUGUAACCAUUUAUCCCCCUGAUUCCUGCUAGUACUUUUUUACUAUGUUGUUGCUGAAGUUACUAAGUUGAUAUUAAUUAAUACAGUAUAUGUAUAAAAUAUUUUGCCUAUGUUGUGUAUAUUGUGCAAGUACAUGUAACUGUCGUCGGAUUCAAACAUAUAAAAUGUUUCAUUAUCAGAUCAA